AUGUUUAUGAAUUUAAUUUUACUGAGACUUGUGAUACCAGCUUUCUAGAUUCAAUAAUAACAAUUUUUAGAUCAGGAAAAAAUAAGGCUGGACUACAUUUUUUAUCAGAUGGCUAUAAAUAACCAAAAUGAUGAAUAAAAUUUUUUAAAUCUAAAUUUGCAAUUACUAUAGAAGGUUCAAGAAUUUGAUACUUACUCUAAUCUUUAUUAAAAUUAUAGCAUUUUAAAUAGAAAUAACAAUGAAACUCUUUUAUUAGUGAAUGAGAAAUCACAGCUGAAGGCCUUGUUAUCAUUUACAAAUUUUCUAAUAAACGAUAAAUUAUUUGUAACCAUAUCAAAUUUUUCAAUUUAACUACCUUAAGAAAAUUGUGAACAAGUUUACUUUUUACAAGACGAUCAUCUGCUUGUAAUUUGCAAAGAGAAUGGUAAUAGCUUAUAAAUUUUUAUAAUUAACAAAUUACAAAUACUUGAUCAAAAAUAGCUUACUUAUGAGUUUAAAUGUGAGAUUGGUUUUUCAAAAAUAGAUUAGAUGCUAAUUAUUUAUGAAAAAAAUUGUUUCGAUAUCUUUGUAUAUAAAAUAGAAAUUGAUUUAGAAAACUAUAAACUAAAUAUUUAAUAUUUUUCUGAAUUAAUGACCAAAUUGAUAGAAGUUUAAAAUUAAUUCUCUUAAAGAUUAAUAUAGUUAGAAAUCUGUUAAAAUGAAUAAUUUUACAUAGCAUUUUAAUAGAUGGUUUUAUAUUAUUCAAAUUAAAUAUAGUUAUUGAGCCCAAAUUAUAAGGUAAAACGAGAAAAUUUAGAAAUAUAUAAGCUCUUUAAUUGUUGUAAAAACCCAUAUAUUACACAAAUUAAUAAAAAGACAGGUAAUUAUAAACUUAUCUUAGGUACCCUAAUAUUUAAAAACAAAUACAAUAUAAGUACUCAAGGUUAUAGAUAAUCCUACUUCAGUCCUUAUUUCAUUUUACAUCAUUUCGAUGAUAAAGUAGUAGUCUAGCUAAGCGAAAAAUUGCAGUUUUAGUUGCAUUCAGAAUUUUUCCAGUUUUUUCAAAUUUCUGAUAUGCUUUACUUUGUUUCAGUGGAAAGCAAUGGCAAACUCUCUAUUUUUGAAUUACAAAAUGGAAAUAUUUAUUUAAAAGAAAUGAAAUCAGAAAAGAUAGGCAUUUAUAAGAUUUUGAAUUUGACCUCAGUAAUUAUGAAAGUUGAACCUUUCGAUAUUCAUAAACUAUAAUUAAAAAUAGCACCCAAAACCACUCAAAUUAUUUAACAAAAAUUUGAUAUUUAAAUAAGAAUUAAUUUAAGCGAGAUAUAAGAAACACUUCCUUUAACAUUAUUUUCUAUUGAAUAAAAUGGUGAGGAAAUAGGAUUUGAUGAAGGCUUUGAAGGGUUUCAUGAAGCUAAUAUUAAAGAUGAAUCUAUAAAGAAUGUGUGGUUUUUGAAUUUAGGAUCAAACUAAAAUAUCUUUAUUUAGGAAUUCUAAACUUCUAUAUUAAUAAAAAUGUUUUUAGAGUAAAAAUUAAUAAAAGAAUUCAACAUAUUGAUUCAAUCGAAGUAUAUUUUAACUCUUGUAAAUGCUUUCUCAUAGUCAAUAAUUAUAAUUUAUGAUUACUUUAUAGAAAUUUAUAAAAUUGAGAACUUUCAGAUAAUUAAUUGGGUAUCCUAUUAUACAGAUGAGAUCAUUAUUGCAAAUAUUUAUGAAAACUCAAUAUGGAUACUCUUUCAGUCAUGUAUAUUGCAUUAAGUAGAUAUAUCUAAAUCCCUUAAUUAGAAGACUUUUCAUAAUUUCAAAUUGCACAAAAGUUGUAGAUUAAAUUCACUUUAUUCUAUUAAUUUAAUAAUCUAGGAUCAAGAAAUCUAUUAUAAGCCGAACAAUAAAAUUACGUAUUAAUUAAAAUUUGAAUCCAGAAUUAUUGAUUUCAUUAUGACAAAAUUUUAGGAUACUCAAUUCAAUUCAUACUUUCUAACUUUAAUCUAAGAGGAAUAAGGUAUAAAAAUAAGCCUUUAUAUUAUUGAUAUUUAAAAUUUAGUUCAUUUAUAUGAUCUUCCAUUUUACUAAUAUAAGCCUAUACAGCCAUUAAAUUAUAAACUGUAAACUCAAUUUUUUAUGAUAGUUGUCUAAGACGAUUCGGAUGAGAAGUGUUUACUUAUAUAUAAUAUUAAAAAUAUAGGAAAAAAAUCAUUGAUAAAGAUUAUAAAAUUAAAUAAAGAGUAAAUAGUGUAUAAUUUUAUAGAAGAUUAAGACAGUAUCAUUUAUUUUAAGGAUGGGAAAAUCAGAUUUAACAAGAUCUAGGAAAUUAACAUUAAGCUAAAUUAUUUUGAUUUAAUAAAUAAUAAUAUGGACUUUUACACAAUCAAAAAUUUAAAUAUAAAAUUUACAUCUUUAAUUAAAAGUCUUAAUUAAUAUGUAUACAUGCCUUUAAAAAUACUUCAUCUAAAUACUAUUUAAAACUUAGCAAUUAUCAAUAAUUAGGUGUAAUUGAUCAGUCAAAAUGGAUACUUAAAUCUUAGCAACAUUUACGGUAGCAUAGAUAAAAUUGAGGUGAUUCAGAAAAAUGGAUUUAUUGAAAUGAAUCCAGUAAAUUAUACAUGGAAUAGAAUAGAGUGCAUUUUUUAUAAUAAUAAUGUCUGCUAGAUUAGCAAAGAAAGAUUUAUGAUCAAUUAUUUUUCAAAGGGACAAAAUAUUUAUACAUAAUAAUUAAUUUAAAAUGUUCAAUCAGUAAUUUAUGAUAAAAAAUAGUCUAAAUAUAUUUUUAUAUGCUUUUCUAUGUUUACAUACAGUAUAACGUAUUUUGAAAUAUAUCUAAAGUUUACAGAAACUAAUAAUGCUAAAAUAACUAAAAUCUAGAUAUUGGAAUAGAAUUUUGA